AGCUUUCCGAACAAAAAAAGUUUUUUAAACUGCUCGGAAAAAUGUAGAAAAUUAAAAUACGGAACCGAACGAUAGAUUUUUAUCGGGCUGAGCUUUACAAGACGAAGAUAAAAACCAGCAGAGGGACAGAAUGGGACCACACAGGCUUCUUACUGCCUUUACUGAUCACUGUCCAUUGUGUGCUGUCCCUGUAAAGAACCCUGUUCCGGUAAUUCCCUCUUCUCCCCAGUCCUCUCGCUUUCGUCUUUCAUCUCUUCUUUUUUUUCCACAAUCCUUUUCUGCUACUUUAAAGGAGUAACAUUGAUCAAACAUUGGAGUACCAACCAGCAGGCGUACAGUUACAUUUCCUUUACCUCUUCCUGAACCAGUGCGUUUACUCCCUUCUCCCUCCUUUUCUGUUGUUCCCACCCUCCUUUUCUCCAUGAAAUGCACGCUGUAAUACCGACUCACUUUCACAGACACAGAGGGCGAGGGAGACAGGAACAGAAUAGUGGACUUGCCGACCGGAGGGGAAAUUUUUUUUGUCUAAAAUGAAAGUCAGCUUGGGAACGGACACUGUAAGAUGAAAACAUGCCUCCUUUUUCUUUUUCUUUUUCUGUCUUUGCUCCUUCUCUUAUGUGCUCAUGUUCAACACUUUCUCCAUUCUUCCUGUGCUUCUCUGUUUUUCGGCUUCUCUUUCUACACCAGGCCUUUUUGCAGUCUAAGUGAUUUCAGCUGUGGAAGGAAAUGAAUAGAAAAUUAUCUGAAUUUCCUCACUCUUGUCCUGCUGUUUUGAUGUUUUGCGUGCGUGUGUGUGUGUCUGUGUGUGUGUUGGCGUGCGUGUGUGUGUGUCACAGGCAGAGGAGCAUGCAGGGGCUCCACAGUUUGUCUGCCCUGGGGACUUGAGCCUACAAAACCAUGAAGCAUACGAGGCAGAGGAGAGAAAGGCAAUCAAAGCGGCACAAGCUCAAGCUGAGAGGUGUGAUACAGCUAAAGACAAAGGCCUGAAGAAGGAACGUGAGGCAGAUUGUGCCAGGAGACCAGAUAGACCGACAGACAGUAGAGUCACAUGGAGAAAAUAGGCAGGAGCUCUACAGCAACAGGCGUUUCAUGUUUCCCCCCCCAAAAAAAAUCACUCCUAUAGUCGUUUUGGCACUCGUGUGUGUCAGAUCUGUUGAAUUUAGAUUUUUUUAAAAAAAUAGCUUUUCUGUUAUGUCGUUUCAUUUUACGAUCCGAGUUGCGAUUUAUGCAGACAACUUUAGGAAAUGCUGAGAUUUCACAUUCUUGUGGCACGAGGUGUGGAUUUUUGAAUUGCUUUGGGGGAUUUCCUUUGGAUUCGACCGUUUUAGACACAUUUCUCGUACUUUGCUGUAUCACGGCUGUCACUGUGAUGUAUUUAGUUUUUUCUCUUUCUUAUAGCUUCUUUUGUACCGUUCAGCACGGUUUUUACAGUAGCAGCUCAGGCCAAUCGAUCUGCUCGUUUCUUCCUUGUGCAUACCAUUCUUGUGCCAGAAAGAACAUUUGUUCUUUCUCUAAUUUUAUUUUAUUUUUUUUAAAGGUAGAUUUACACGUUAACUCUUUCUGACUUUGUCGUGGUCCGCAGUCCUCACUACUUCCUGAUCUAAACUUGUCUGUCCCUCUCCCCUUUAACAUUGCACCUGCUUCCCCCUGCAUCUCUCUCUGUGUUUCCCUGCCUCUCCUUCUGUUUCUCUCCGGCUGCACAUGGUACAGUCUCGCAUGUCUGAGCACCAGACGGCUAGACGGCAGCAAUCUGCUCGAGAAGCCUCGUGCACUACUUUGAGUGAUCCAUUGAACAAAGCCAGUGAAGGCGGCACUAAAAUCUUCCUCUACUUUUCUCUGCAGCAUUCUCUCUUUUCCUCUCUCUCCCUUUUCUUUUCCCUUGCAGAUUUCUCUCAUUUUACGUCUCGUCUGGCCACAUCUCCUCUCCCUCUGCUAAGAUGACCUGCAGAGACACACGCUGAGGACUGCGGCAGCAUAAGCCGCCUCGGCCAACGGCUGGUUGCCUGCAACACACAGCAAUUAGACCAUAAACUGACUCAACAUGGAGAUGAAUACCAUCUGUUGCUGUGGGAACAACACUCUCCUCAACCAGGAAGGACGCCAUCUUCCAUAUUUUUGUGAUGGCCUCUUCAAAGAGCUCCACUCACUGGACUUUGUUGGAGUUAUUCGGCCAGCGGAGGCUCUUGGGUUUCGGCGCCAUCCUGGCAUGGCUCAUCCUGUUCCACCUGCUGGUGAACGUGUGGCUGCUCUGCAUCUUCACCAGCCUGCUGGUGGUUCUCGGUGGUUGGCUCGGGUCCCGAGCUGCCCUGGAUGCUAACAGCUUCCUACAUCUGGAACAUUUUUUACCCCUGGGGAAAGUUAACCCUCCUCUAUGUUCCCCUGAGCAUGAGUGGAGGCUGAACCACGAGAUCCACUGUGCAGUCCACAAGGCAGUACGUGACUUUGUGUCUUCGUGGUACCGCACCCUGCUUCCUGAGGUGGAAGGAGAGUUUGAACGAGCUGUGCGUCACUCAAUGCUGGAGUCUGUGAUGGAACUGAAAGAGCGUGCGCGGCGAGUGGACAGGAAAGCUCUGGUUCGGCGGCUCUUAGAGCUGUAUGGCUGUCACCUGCAGAGCUACAUGACUGUGAGGCAGAUCCAUUCGGCGCAGAAGGAGAGCAGUGGCCAGUGGCAGCUCUACAGUAAAGUCGAGUCUCCUCAUCCAGCUGUGAGCAGCUCCAACGCUGAGCUCAACUACACCCGAGCGUUGGUCAAACUUGUGUUGCAUGUUCUCGUCCCAUACCCUCAGAUGGAAACUAGGACUGGGGGUUACAUGGUGACAGAGCUCAUCACCUGCAAUGUGCUGUUGCCAUUGAUCAGCAGGGUUUCCGAUCCCGACUGGCUCAAUCAGACCAUCGUGGACAUAUUCACCAAAACCAGAGAAUCACAGGAUAUUAGCGUGGAUGACCCCUCUGCCGACGCUCUGUAUAAAUGUCAUGGACAUGAGGAGUCGUGGACUACUUGCAAGUCACUGUCUGUCUCAGAUCAGACCGAUUUCAGCUCCAAAAACACCUCUGUUGAUUUAGAUGAGCCUCAGAGCGAGAGUGCGAUCUCUGGGACAGACUUGUCUCAAAGCAGUCUGGUCAGCCUCACAUCUACCAGCCGGACAUCCAGCUACCCGCCAGGCUUAAACACACCGUUCAAGGUCAACUGCUGCUCACUCACAGCAGGCCAGUGUAAACAAUCAUCAGAGACCAAAACCGUCUCUGCAGACCCACUUCUCCAUUCGGACUCAGAUGAUGACCUGACAGGAAGUGUUUGCGACUGCGCUCCCGCCACCAACCUCUGCAACCUUCUCCCUGUAAAUGAUGAAGAAGCCUGCGGUUGUUUUCGACCUCUGAGAAACUUUGGAUCGAAGGUGGUCGAGCACAAAGACUCCCAGUGGCCAGCUGGCAUUGCGCAGGACAAAUCUCUAGUUUGUCCCCCCAAAAAGCUUUGCUUGACCUCGUACAACUUUGACCUGUCCAGCGGCCCGACUACAACGCCAUUCAGAGUCCAGAACGUUCACAUUUCUGGCACAGUCAAUGUGAAGGAGCAGAGGAGCAAUGGCACACAUCCCUACACACUCUACACUCUCAAGUUUGAGACGGUGGAUGAUGGCGACUGCACAGGUGCUGCGCCGCCAGCCGACUGUCACACCGUUAACCGCAGAUACAGCGAGUUCCUCAACCUGCAAGCACGCUUGGAGGAGAAGCCAGAGCUCAAGAAACUAAUCCGAAAUGUCAAAGGCCCAAAGAAAAUAUUUCCUGACCUUCCUUUUGGCAGCCAGGACAGCGAGAAGGUUGAAGCUCGUAAAAGCCAGCUGGAUACCUUCCUGAAGCAGUUAAACAGUAUUCCUGAGACGGCCAACAGUGAAGACAUGCAGGAGUUCCUGGCUAUCAACUCAGAUGUUUGCACGUAUUUUGGAAGAAAGCCCUUAACAAAGUCAAGAAUUGAUAAGAUGAUGGAAAAUGCUUUCGAUACUCUGAGGACAGCAUUCCCUCACCCUGAGCUUUUCAGUCCCACCGAGGACAUUGAGGGUGAUACUGAUGGAAGAACAAUGGACUCCAGAAAGUACAGGAGGCUUUUCCCAAGUAAAGUUUCUCCAUCGCUCAAUAUUCCAGACCUCCAUCCUAAAGUGACAUACUGCUUCAGUGAAGGCAGCUCUGUGCUCAAUGGCAUGUCACUGUGUGGCUUGGAGAACUUCGUCAGAGAGCAGGAAAGACUUAUCGGUGGGCCGAACAUGACAGAAACAGUCAAGCCGAGCUGCGAGCUGAAAGCUAAAGACAAGAAGAUAUCAGGGAAAACUCAUUCGACAGACACAGCUGUGGCAGAUGUUGCUUUGAACAUUUUGUGCCUGCUGAUGAAGGAUCAUUGGAGCUGGCUCUGCACAGAGAACAUCCAGAAGGCCAUCAGACUUCUCUUUGGCACCUUCAUUGAAAGAUGGCUGGACAUUGGUGCUGCCCACCUAACCAGUGCCCCCUGCUGGGUGAUUUACCUCCAGGUCUUGCAAGAAGCUGUGUGGCCGGGUGGGACGCUGCCUGCUCAACCUCGGCCUUUACGAAGUGUUGCUGAAAAAAAGGAAACUAAGGAGCAAUGUCUGAACUGCCUAAUGCAGCUGCUUCCUGAGUUAAUAGCUGAUAUGCUGGGAAGCGAGAAGUACAGACUGAGCUUAGAGACCAUGCUGGAGUCUUUGCAGGACUACCAGAUAAACAAGCAUUUGAUCUACAGCAUCUGUGACCUGCUGCUGGAGUUUCUGAUCCCUGAGUCCAGCGAUGUGACCUUUCAGAGAUCUCUGCUGCAGAGCCUGACUAAAGACACAGAGAGAAGCACUCUUCACAUGUGAUAAACAUCUGGGACGCACAGAGAAAUGUAGCCAUUUGAUGCUCAAUGCACAUUAUAGUUGUCUGAUGAAUAUAACAUGGUCAUAAAGUCUAUCAUAUUCAAUCACUGUGGACUCAUGGUAUUACUGCAGAGGAUGAUAAAAUGUAAAUAUGCAGCGAUAUAAAGGCAGAACACAAAAGAAAUGCUUUCAUACAAUAAUAGAUCAGAAGGAAGAAAUAAUCUCAUUUGUAGAUUUAGCUCGCUUAAUCUGCAAGUCAGACCAGCCACAUUGUGAAUACUUGAAAAGUUUGAUAAAAACAAACCUGUGCUCUUAUUCUUGCUUCUUAUUCUUUCUUUCAUGUGUUUUUAUCUAUGGUGUUUCCCAUAAAGUUGGAAUAUUUUUUCUCAUUG